AUGGAAACGCGCAGUACGCCUCUCGAAAAUCGACCGCGACUUCCCCGCAUAGCCCUAAGCAAGCGGAAUCGGGCUGUCGUGAGGGCUCUGAACCCAAUGCUGGUGUCCUAUUUGGAGGCCAGUCGGGACCUUUGCGAUACGGACUCAAUUCUUUUCGGCCCCGCGCUGGCAGUCUGCCGUAUCAUAGGCGCCAAGGUUUCUACGACUGGACCCGCUACUGGCCAAAGUAGCGCUAUCUCAGCAUGGAGAAAAAGAAUUGAGGAGCGUAUCGCAAAGGCUAGAGCUCUCAUCGGCAGACUGAUAUACUUCAGAUCAGGCAAUAACAACCAACUUGUGCGCACCGUCAGGAUGGCAUUUGCAUUUGACAAACUGUCAUUUGUCCCAGCUGGAUAUAAUGCAAAAACUGACGGAGCGCAUAGAUGA